UUUUAGCGUUUUACUGAAACUUGCAGCCUGUUCAGCAUCUACUAAUCCUCGGGAGCGGUGGGUGAGGGGCGCAGGGCGUCGGCGGGGCCGGCGUGUGUGGAGGUGUGAGCCGCAGCCGCAGCGCUGCUGCCCGGCUCUCGGAGCCGCUCUCGGCGGCUCUCGGUGAGGAGGAGACGCCGCCGCUCCGCGCAGGAACCGCUCCUUUCGGCUCUCCGGGCGGUUUGAGGGCGGAGCUGCUCGCGUCUCCUCGGUCGGGGUUGUAUUAGCGCUCUUCCUGCCCGCGGGGCUGCUCGAAUUCGGGUGCAGCCCGGUUUCGUUAAUUAACGUUACCUCGUGUUAGACAGGUCAGCGGCGAGGUGACCCGGUGGCUGUCCAGCCGGUUUAAUCCGAGCUUGCUGCACUUCUUGUAAGACGCGCUCACGGACCUUAAUGUGUCCUUGUUCCGGCGGUGUCGGGUCUGCAGGCUGCACCGAGAGGCCUGAGCUCGCGGCAGCGAGCCGUACUGUUGGGGGUCAGUCAGCUGGUCAGUCAGCUGGAGCCGAGGCAGUGGGUUUCGUGUAUAUUGGGUUUAUUUGUAUUUCUAGCGCUGGGAAGUUUGAAGACAAACGCUGCGUGUCUCCCCGCGUGCGUCUUUGAGGAUGGUGCAGUCAACGAAAAGGGCCGACCCGAAUGAGCUGAAGGGCAUCUUUCAGAAGUAUUCAAGUGUUGUGGAUAAGGAUGGCGAGCGGUUCAUGACCCCCAGUGAUUUUGUGCAGACGUUUUUGGGCCUCCACACACAGAUUCAUCACAAUCCCAAAACUGUGCAGCUGCUGGCUGGAGUGGCAGAUACUACAAAGGAUGGGCUGAUUUCAUUCCAGGAGUUUUUGGCCUUUGAGUCAGUGCUCUGCGUUCCAGAUGCACUGUUCAUUGUGGCCUUUCAGCUCUUUGAUAAAACUGGAACUGGAGACAUUUCCUUCGAAAACGUGCGUGAUAUUUUCAGUCAGACGACAGUCCAUCAUCACAUCCCCUUUAACUGGGACUGUGAGUUUAUUCGUCUUCAUUUUGGCCAUGACCGAACCAAACGACUCAGCUACCUGGAGUUCACCCAGUUUCUACAGGAGCUGCAGUUGGAGCAUGCCCGGCAGGCCUUUGCACAGAAGGACAAAGCCAAGACUGGAGUGAUCUCAGCCAUGGACUUCAGUGACAUCAUGUCCACCAUCAGGCACCACAUGCUGACUGCAUUUGUUGAAGAAAAUCUGGUCUCAGUAGCCGGGGGCGGAACCUCUCACAUGGUGAGCUUCUCCUACUUCAAUGCCUUCAAUUCACUCCUCAACAACAUGGAGCUCAUCCGCAAAAUCUACAGCACACUCGCCGGGACCCGCAAAGACACACUCGUCACUAAAGAAGAGUUUGUUCAUGCUGCUAAUAAGUUUGGUCAGAUCACUCCCAUGGAGAUUGAUAUUCUCUAUCAGCUCUCAGGCCUCCACUCCCAAACUGGGAGGUUGAACCUGGCAGAUAUUGAAAGGAUAGCUCCUUUGGAGGAGGGUGCACUGCCCUAUCAUUUGGCAGAAGUACAGAGACAGAUGCAUGGUGAUGCUUCUCGUCCGGUGUGGCUGCAGGUUGCAGAGUCAGCAUAUCGCUUCACUCUGGGCUCCAUUGCUGGAGCCACGGGUGCCACAGCGGUGUACCCCAUCGACCUGGUGAAAACUAGAAUGCAGAACCAGCGCUCCACUGGCUCGUUUGUAGGCGAGCUCAUGUACAAGAACAGCUUCGACUGUGCCAAGAAAGUCCUCCGGUACGAGGGCUUCUUUGGCUUCUACAGAGGCCUUGUGCCUCAGCUCAUUGGUGUGGCUCCAGAGAAAGCCAUUAAACUCACUGUGAACGAUUUUGUGCGAGACAAAUGCUCCAAUAAAGAUGGCUCCAUCCCUUUGUCAGCGGAAAUCCUUGCUGGUGGAUGUGCUGGUGGCUCUCAGGUGAUUUUCACCAAUCCUCUGGAGAUCGUGAAGAUCCGUCUGCAGGUUGCUGGGGAGAUCACUACAGGGCCCAGAGUGAGCGCGUUGAGCGUCGUCCGUGACCUCGGCUUCUUCGGCCUCUACAAGGGUGCUAAAGCCUGUUUCCUGCGUGAUAUUCCCUUCUCUGCCAUCUAUUUCCCUGUGUACGCCCACACUAAAGCUCAUCUGGCUGAUGAAGACGGUCGGGUUGGAGCUCUGCAGCUGCUGACCGCGGGAGCCAUUGCAGGUGUCCCUGCUGCUUCAUUGGUCACUCCUGCUGAUGUCAUCAAAACACGACUGCAGGUAGCGGCACGUGCAGGCCAGACUACAUACAGUGGAGUUAUUGAUUGCUUUUGGAAGAUCCUGAGGGAAGAGGGCUUCAGAGCCUUCUGGAAAGGAGCAGGAGCUCGAGUCUUCCGCUCCUCUCCACAGUUUGGUGUGACCCUCGUCACUUACGAGCUCCUACAGAGAUGGUUCUACAUUGACUUUGGAGGGCACCGUCCAUCUGGCUCUGAGCCAACUCCAAAGUCACGGAUAUCAGAACUGCCCCCGGUCAGCCCGGAGCAUGUGGGUGGAUACCGUCUCGCUGCAGCCACCUUUGCCGGCGUGGAGAGCAAGUUCGGACUUCACCUGCCAAAGUUCAAAUCCUCUGGGGUUGUGAGCAUCCAGCCCAGCAAGGAGGAGGCACCAGCCUCUUAAAAAGCCCCGCCUACUCCUGUUCUUUCAUCCAGUGGCUGCAUGCCUCCAUCUUCCAGGCUGUCACUCCAUUUUCUCCUGUUUUAUUUUUGGCUUGUUUGUUUGUUUGUUUGUUUGUUUGUUUGUUUGUUUGUUUGGUGAGGGAGGUGUGUGGGAUAUAUUUACUGUUUUCAACCACUCAUCAGUGCCUGCUCUGUAAUAACCGAACAUUUUGCUACUGGAUUACUUUCACACUCCAAAUGCUGGUGUAAAUGCCAGCUGGACAUUUCCUUUUUCAGUUGAUUGAGAAAAUGCAGUGACCGUAUAAAGUAUCCACGAGGCCACUGACUAAUCAUCUGUUGUGUGGCUUUUUUUUUUGGGAAUGAUUUACCAAGCAAACUCCUGGGGGGGGAAGUGUAUUUCCAAAAAUCCAGGGUGAAUUUAGAUUGAGUGGGAUGCUAGGAGAGUAUUCACCAGCUGUCGACUUCCUUAAUGAUGCCGUGUUAUGAAAGUGUGAUGUUCUAAAAUAUGUCUAACAUGAAAUGAACAAGUCCAGUUGAAAAGCAAAAGUGAUCCAGCCAUUUUACUUUUUAACAUCCUCUGCUUAUAUAUGAACACCUGACCAUUAAACAAUUAAGUAAAUUCGUUAAAUUUAAAGAGACCAUUUUUGAUCUGUUUGUUGAUUGGCUUUCUACUGGUUUUGUAGUCGACCACAUUAGAAUUUGGCCUCAAAUGAGCCUUUUCCCUUCGACACUUACAUUCCCGAAUUCCUGUUGCUGAGAAAUGGAUCACCUCUCCCUAAAUACUAUUUUAGCAUCACAUUUUAAUGUUAAAUUCCUGAUUUAUGGCACUCAUAGACUCCAAAUGAAAUGUUUACUGCAACAAAAUAUCUAGUCCAGUCUGUCUUUUUGGUCAUGGAUUUUCGAACGAUAUGUCCUUUUAAUAUUUGAUUCAACCGAAGGGACAUAAAAAUCAGGCAGCACAAGCACCGCUUCCUUUCCAUUUCCAAUAAUCUGAACAUGAAACAAAUAUUAUAAGGACAUUCUGCUGGUGCAGGUCUCAUUUUCGCUCUUGAAUUGCAGUUCAAAAAAUGUUCCUCCCCAGAAAAACUAAAUAGAAAAAGUUAAAAAAAAAAUUAGAGCUUCUGCAUCAUUUGUCUCGUAGGGUAACGUGCGGCUAUUAAACCAACAUUUAAAGCACAUGAUGCCAGGUGCUGUCUGAUUUUUUUUAUAUUUUUUUAAUCUAGUAAUCUUUUUAUGAGGUCCACUUACUGUAAAUUUAGUGAUCAUGUCUGUUUCACUCACCAGUGCCUGCAAAUAUGUCCUACGGUCAAAUAUUUGUCUUCUAUCACCUACAGAGGACUUGGCCAGUAAACGUGUCUGUAUACAGUCAGGCCGGCAGCAAAAACCUCUCUGCUCCCAGUGUUCCACUUGACCUGAAUCCACCCUGCCGGUGUAAAUGCUGCAUUUAAUCUGCAUUUUUUCUUCUUAUUUUGCCUUUUUAUUUUUCUUUGCAGUCAUUAGGAAGUUCCUCCUGUGUUAAAGUAGUGCAGUAGUGUUCCUAAUGCUUUUCCCAUCAUGCUUUGCGUAGCUUGCACACGCCCUGUACAUAUUUGUACAUCUUUUUUUGCACAGAGACGUGGGAGAAAGAGAGGCAAAGUCAUAGUCUCUCGCCCUCAUUUCUGCAUCAUACUGAUGGUGUACAGAGGUUUCCAGAUUUACUGAUCAAAACAAAAGCAAAUAAAAUAUGUACCAUGGAUAAUCUGAUGUUAAGAAAAUAAUUUAAAUGUAUUUCGGUCGUGUAUUUUCUGGAAGUAAAUCAUACGGUUAAAUUUUAAA